GUUCGAUUGAUUGAUGGAUGUCAGUCAGCAGCCAUCGUAUCUAUAGAACAGUGGGGGAAAUAGGAAGAGUUUGUCUGUUGUCCGAUGGUUCUGCUUUGGUGGGCCUUGUUGAAUAUUUUUGUGUGUGUGUGAGAGAGAGGGGACCGUACGAGUCGGUGGACAUAUUGCGGUUCCCGGAUAUUGAGAGAAAAGAUGGAUUCCUGUUGGAUUUUCAUUAGAUUUGUGUCAAAAUAUGAAUGCCCAUUGGGGUUUCCUUUGUGUUUUGCAGCCAGAAUCUGUAUGCAAGAGGGAUAUUGGAGGAAGUUUGUCCGGGCAGUUGGUGGGGCAGGGAGCUCCGACACCACUCAGCCCCAUAUCUAAUGAAGACCGACUUUGAAGGAAGAGGGUCUGAAGGUGGGACCCAAUUGGCUAUAGUCUCUGCUUCAGCAUGUGGUGAUGGUCAUCAAACAUGCUAUGACCCGUUGCCCUUGAGGCAGGCUGAGUCCACCUUCAAGGCAUACCCACCCCCAGUUGGUACAUAUGAAGAAGUUACAGCAAAUCCCAAGCUAUUCAUGGAGAGCCUUGAGAAGCUCCACAGUUCAAUGCGCACGAAGUUCAUGAUACCUACAAUUGGUGGGAAGGAGCUAGAUCUGCAUCGGCUUUUUGUGGAGGUCACCUCUAGAGGUGGUCUUGAAAGGGUAAUUAAGGACAGGAGAUGGAAGGACAUAACUGCUGUUUUCAACUUUCCGUCUACUGCUACGAAUGCGUCUUUUGUCCUACGAAAAUAUUAUUGUUCAUUGCUUCAUCAUUACGAGCAGAUUUAUUUCUUCAAGGCCGAAGGAUGGACUCCACCUCCCACGGCUGCUUUACCAGUACAGUCUCCUAAUACUUCCACAAAAAGAUUACUUGAAUCUGGCCAACAGGAAGUGCAGGUGUCUGCUCAGAAAAGGAGAAAGAGUGCUAGUGAGGCCUUGUCUGGAUUGAGCCCCUUACCAGUGAAUUAUCCUGUGAUGGGAGUAAUUGAUGGAAAAUUUGAACAUGGGUAUUUUGUCACCGUAAUGGCUGGUUCAGAGAAGCUUAAAGGAGUCCUAUAUCAUACACUUGAACAUCCAGGAUCCCAUGUGUUCAGUCAGAAUUCUGGACUUGCAGUUGCUGGUGGUAUCGAUGCCAUUGGACUAGGUGGGGCCAGAAGACGUCGCCGCAGAAAGAAGACUGCACUGAGGAAGAAGGAUCCUUCUCAUCCUAAGCCAAAUAGAAGUGGUUACAAUUUUUUCUUUGCCGAGCAGCAUGCUAGACUGAAGCCACUCUAUCCUGGAAAAGACAGAGAGAUCAGUAGGAUGAUUGGUGAAUUAUGGAACAAGCUGACUGAGGAAGAGAAGGCGGUAUAUCAAGAAAGAGGGGUCAAGGAUAAGGAGAGAUACCGAAGUGAAAUGGAGGAAUACAGAGAGAGACUGAAACUAGCGAGCCCAGUCAUAACUGAUGCACAGCCAAUUCAUCAGCGACCUGCAAUCCGUGAUCCAGCUGAAACAAAGGACAUCUGCCAUGAACAGUUGGUUGGAACAGAUGGGGGACCUGAAACUCCAAGAAAUGGAAUUGGUCCUCAAAAGAUGGAAGUCGAGGAGCCUGUGAAUGAGGAUUCUGAGAAGAAGAUCCCAGUUGUAGCUGAUGAUGAAGCUUUUGAGUUCCGGCAGAGGACCAAUGCUGAUACUGCGGCUGAUGAUCUUGCUGUGGAGAGUGAUGUGGCAGGUUCAAGUACAGGGGAGGACUCGACUGGUGAGGAAGAGGAAGAGGAUGUUGCUUAGUGAUGUGCCAGCUGGGAUUUCAACUGAGCAAAUACUAACCUUUCACAGUUCACAAUUUACAGUUCUUUUUUUUUUGUUCCUUUCAUUUGUAAAAUUAAUCAGGUUUCUUCAAGCUGGUUCUUAGUGUAGCAAGUAAUCUGCAGCCUGAGUCGUUAUUUCGUCUAGCCCCGGAGGUUGAUGAAUUUUUAGCAAAGAAGCUACUCUUUUCUUCAUUUCUCA